AUGCUUUCGAAAGAAGAUAGAGAAAAGUUGUUGGGGAAAUGUAUAGAAAUAGAUAAAAUCAUCAAAAGAAAUAUCGAUUUGAUACCGAUCACAAACUGGCAGUUUGAUGAUGAAACACUUGAAAAGCUUCGUGAACAGAAACACAGAAUUGUUGAUGAACAUUUAACAGGCGAACAAAAACGGAAGCUUAGUAAAGCUUCGAAACAGCGACUGGCGCGCGGAAUAGGUGUAAAUUGUCAGAAAAUCACUGAUGUUCUGGACUGGAUGGCAAAAAAUUGUAACAAUACAAAACCUUUGAAGCCCGUAAUCGUUUCCAAAGCAAUGAGGGAACUGAAAAACACCAAAAACAUGAAGCCAAAGACAAGUAAGUCGAUAGAUUUUGAAGCUUCGGACGCUGACAAUCCUACCAGAUCUUUUGCUGAAGUAUUAAAAAAUGAAAGUUUCGUAAACGGGACGGCAUGUGCUAGUAAUAAUGGGAAAAAAUUGCCAAGGAUCCGAGAUAAUAGCACGAGUGAUAUAGAAAGUAGCGCACCUUUGGCGGGUACUUCCACAGUAGCACCAGCUGAUGCCUUGGAGGGCCGCAAAUUAGCUCUUAAGAAACUGCAGGAAAAAUUGGAGCAGUUUAAAGCAAAAAGACGUGGUAAGAUGACAGCAUAUGAGUAUGAAGAAAAACGGAAAUUGAAACGGCGCAUGAGUAAACUAAAGAUGAAAGAAAGAAGGAAAAAUGCUAAACAGCAGAUAAAAAAUUCAAGGCUACCAUCAGAUGAGGUAGUACCGAAAAAGCGUUCGAAGUUGGAAAGACAGUCGGAGCCAGGAAAAAUGGAAGAAAAAGAUGACAAAUUAAUUUUCUCAAAAUUUGAUUUCAUUGUAAGGGAUGAAAAGCAGAAAAAAACAAAAAAGGACAAACGAGAUAAGUUCACUGGUAAAGACUAUAAGCGAUUGCUUGAAAAGGCUGAGAAAAGGGAAGAAAGAUUGGAACAAGUAUGGUCGAAGAAUCCUGAAAAGGCUUUCAGAAUUGAAAAAAACAUCCAAUGGAAAAAGGCUCUAAGUCGUGCUGAAGGACAAAAAGUUAAGGAUAAUCCAGAUCUUUUGAGAAAAAGUUUAAAAAAGAAAGAAAAGAUAAAAGAGUGGAGAAAAAAGAAAUGGGCAAAUCGUGUCGAGCAUACUUUGCAAAUGCAAGCUCGGAAGCAAGAAAAACGAAUGAUGACGGCAACAUCUAUACAUUUAUUAUUAAUACUAAUGAUAAGCAAAGUGGCCUGUUACGAUACAUUAAUACCAAACUUUAGCAUACUUGAAGAUGACAUACUGCAAGUGAAAAGGGAGAACCCACGUCGUUUUAAACGAACUCCAUAUGAUUAUCGUGGAUAUAGUGAAUCGCAUUUUUAUGGAAUACAAACAAAAAUAAACAAUCAGUUUGCGGAAUUUAUGCUGCAAGCAGCAACAUUUGCAACAAAUGUACAACGUGAUCGAGCUUUUUAUUAUAAUGCAGCAAAAACAUGCAAACUUUUACGCCGUCAUAUCAUUGCCUUGCAUUUUGUAAUCUAUACAAUAGCCGUUGUGAUACCAUCAAUUUUGGGUCUUAUUUUGGCAGCUUUUGUCUGGCGUUCACUUGUGCGACAAAUUGAUGAAAUUGUUAUGGCUCCUCCAGAUGGAGUGGAAUUACCACCGUUAACAAACAAACCACCCGGAUUUUAUGUACCAUUACAUCGACGUCCAAUAAUUUACUUGCAGCUUGCAAAAGAGAAAUGUUUCGGAAAGAAGGGUACAUAUCAUGAAAACAUUCUGCGACGACGAAAACGAAUAAUUAAAAAAAGAUAA